AUGCCUCGCCAGCCAAAGCCCAAAUCCAAACGCAUCGAAUUCAUCACCAUUUCCGACAGCGAUACUCCGUCCAAACCCAAACGGCGCACCGUCAAGAAGAAACGCCCCUCUCGAUCCAAGAAACAGGCCGAAGUCAUCCACAUAGACAGCGACGCCGAGCCAUCCCUCUUCAAUCCUCACCAAACCCUCUUCGCAGAACCUAUCAACUGCUUCUUCCCUCCCGCACUGAAGCCUGUACUCAUAAUCCCACCGACUGCAAACAAACACCUCACCUCACGCAGUAAAGACCGCCUGUCCUGCGCAAAGUCCCUACAUCGACCCCUCGAGAACCUAUGCUACGGUCUUGACUGCGUGCUCACAUGGACCGACUACGUCGCCUUCGGGGACCUGCAGACCGAGAUCCACGAGCGUCUAGAAGACCAUGAUGUCGCAAUGAGUCUAGGCGUGGCGCUCCGCAACAGACUCAUCAAACUAGGCAAUGACAGACUGAAAUACUGCCAAGAGCACAACAUACCCUUGGAAAGGCUGUUCAUUGGUCGAGGCGGACUCCCCGUUAUACUUGCUGCUGAUAUGCCAGCUGCAGCGCCACAGAGCAUAGUGUCACUUACAAGCGCUGCGCUGCAGAUCCCGUCUCCAAGCAUCGUCUUUAAUGUAGAACCCAUGUGCUACUCGUCGUCAUUCUCCUCGUUUAUGGAGACAGACCCCCAUGCCAUCCUGGACAUCGAGACUACCCUUCAGCCCCGCGACACACGCCACAUUGUGCACGAUGUUGACGUCUAUGGUGCUGGUGAUCAAGUUAACAAGAUGGACUUUGAGGUGUACCUUGCGCCACCGGACUCGGAGAUAUGCGAUACCCAAGCCAUUGAAAUGGUAGUGGACAAUGUAGAGGCCUUGGAGGCAAAGACAGGCGACCUAGGCGGUGUUGACAUUGAGGUGUAUGAUGAAAGUGCGACGUCCGCAAGCGCUGAUUCUUACAACAGCAUGUAUCAACAUGGCUUGGGCGGCGUGGAUGCCAACAUGCACGUCUACGAUGGCGUUUAUAAAAGUUGCCCUACGCUCCCUCAACAGGAUAUGACUACAGCUAUCGAUACAAGCAUUCAUACAGCUAUAAACAACGGGCUGUACUACAACAAUUGGAUAACGGCGUACACUGGCGAUGCUGGGCCAGACGUAGAUCUGUAUAGCGCAGACUAA